GGCUGGGCGGCCGGGGCGCUGUCUGGCGUCCUCUCGUCUCUCCGUGCCGCGAGAGGCGUCGGGAUUGCGGGCGCCGGCCGUCAGAGUCAGAGGCGGCCUGGAGGCUGCGUCCGCAGAUCUGACAGCUAGGAGGCAACUGGAGGAAAGAUGCCCUCUGAUUCUUUCUGUUUGGUUGCCCAGGCUCGACUUGACUCCAAAUGGUUGAAAACAGAUAUACAGCUUGCAUUCACAAGAGAUGGACUCUGUGGUCUGUGGAAUGAAAUGGUUAAAGAUGGAGAAAUUGUGUAUACUGGAACAGAGUCAACACCGAAUGGAGACUUCCUUCCUAGAAAAGAUGAUGGUGUUGAUAGUCAGAGUGGAAUAAAGAAAGAAGAUUUGAAUGACAAAGACAAAAAGGAGGAAGAAGAAACUCCUGUGCCUGCAUAUAGGGCCAAAUCACUCCUGGAGAGCUGGGUCUGGGGCAAGCAACCAGAUGUGGGUGAACUGAAGGAAUGUCUCACUGUGCUGGUCAAAGAGCAGCAAGCUCUGGCCGUCCAGUCAGCUACCAGCACCCUGUCAGCCCUGAGACUCAAGCAGAGGCUGGUGAUCUUGGAACGCUACUUCAUUGCCUUGAGUAGGACUGUUUUUCAGGAGAAUGUCAAGGUUAAGUGGAGAAGCAACAGUAUUUCUUUGCCUCCUGUGGACAAGAAAAGUUCCCGACCCACAGGCAAAGGGGUUGAAGGACUUGCGAGAGUUGGAUCCCGAGCAGCCCUUUCUUUUGCCUUCGCAUUUUUACGCAGAGCCUGGCGGUCAGGUGAGGACGCAGACCUGUGCAGCGAACUGUUGCAGGAGUCCCUGGAUGCCCUGAGAGCGCUUCCCGAGGCCUCUCUCUUUGAUGAGAGCACCGUGUCCUCUGUGUGGUUGGAAGUUGUGGAAAGAGCGACCAGAUUCCUCCGGUCCGUCGUGACAGGGGAUGUCCAUGGAAUGCCUGGCGCCAAAGGACCAGGGAGCAUUCCCCUGCAGGACCAGCACUUGGCACUGGCCAUCCUGUUGGAGCUUGCCGUGCAGAGGGGCACGCUCAGCCAAAUGUUAUCUGCCAUCAUGUUGUUGCUUCAGUUGUGGGACAGCGGUGCCCGGGAGACUGACAACGAGCGGUCUGCACAGGGGACCAGUGCCCCCCUGCUGCCGUUGCUGCAGAGGUUCCAGGGCAUCCUUGGCAGUAAAGAUGUGCUGCACCCAGAGGCUGACACUCACCUCUUAUCUGGCCCUCUGAGCCCCAAUGAGAGUUUUCUGAGGUACCUUACCCUGCCACAAGACAAUGAGCUGGCAAUCGACUUACGACAGACUGCGGUCGUUGUCACGGCCCAUCUGGACCGCCUGGCAACACCCUGUAUGCCUCCUUUGUGUAGCUCUCCAACAUCUCACAAGGGAUCAUUGCAAGAGGUCAUAGGUUGGGGGUUAAUAGGAUGGAAAUACUAUGCCAAUGUGAUUGGUCCCAUUCAGUGUGAAGGCCUUGCCAGCCUGGGGGUCAUGCAGAUUGCCUGUGCAGAGAAGCGCUUCCUCAUCUUGUCGAGGAGUGGCCGCGUGUACAUGCAGGCCUACAACAGCGAUGCUCUGGCCCCACAGCUGGUCCAGGGUCUUGCCUCUAGAAACAUUAUAAAAAUCGCUGCGCAUUCUGAUGGUCACCAUUACCUGGCGUUGGCAGCCACUGGAGAGGUUUACUCCUGGGGCUGUGGGGAUGGGGGCCGACUGGGCCACGGGGACACUGUGCCUCUGGAAGAACCUAAGGUGAUCUCUGCUUUUUCUGGAAAGCAGGCUGGGAAGCACGUGGUACACAUUGCUUGUGGAAGCACAUACAGCGCGGCCAUCACUGCUGAGGGGGAGCUGUAUACGUGGGGCCGGGGAAACUACGGCCGACUGGGUCAUGGCUCCAGUGAGGACGAGGUCAUUCCAGUGCUCGUAGCUGGGCUGAAAGGACUGAAGGUUAUCGAUGUGGCAUGUGGGAGCGGGGAUGCUCAGACCCUAGCUGUGACUGAGAACGGUCAAGUGUGGUCUUGGGGAGAUGGUGACUACGGGAAAUUGGGCAGAGGUGGUAGUGAUGGCUGCAAAACGCCAAAGCUAAUUGAAAAACUUCAAGACUUGGAUGUUGUCAAAGUACGCUGUGGAAGUCAAUUUUCUAUUGCUUUGACAAAAGAUGGCCAAGUUUAUUCAUGGGGAAAAGGUGAUAAUCAGAGACUUGGACAUGGAACAGAGGAACAUGUUCGUUAUCCAAAACUAUUGGAAGGUUUGCAAGGCAAAAAAGUGAUUGAUGUGGCUGCAGGCUCCACACACUGCCUUGCUUUGACUGAGGACAGUGAGGUCCACAGCUGGGGAAGCAACGACCAGUGCCAGCACUUCGACACCUUACGUGUAACCAAACCAGAACCUGCUGCUCUGCCGGGUCUGGACACGAAGCACAUCGUUGGAAUUGCCUGUGGGCCUGCCCAGAGUUUUGCUUGGUCAUCUUGCUCUGAGUGGUCCAUUGGCCUCCGUGUCCCUUUUGUGGUGGACAUCUGCUUGAUGACGUUUGAGCAGUUGGAUCUCCUGCUACGUCAAGUGAGUGACGGGAUGGAUGGCACUGCUGACUGGCCCCCGCCACAGGAGAAAGAAUGCAUGGCAGUGGCAGUGCUGAAUCUUCUGCGACUUCAGUUGCAUGCUGCCGUUAGUCACCAGGUUGACCCAGAAUUCCUUGGUUUAGGUCUGGGCAGUGUCCUCCUGAAUAGCUUGAAGCAGACUGUGGUGACCCUGGCCAGCAGCGCGGGCGUCCUGACCACUGUGCAGGCGGCUGCUCAAGCGGUACUACAGAGUGGAUGGUCGCUGCUGCUGCCCACUGCAGAGGAGCGGGCUCGGGCCCUCUCGGCACUUUUGCCCGGUGCAGUUUCAGGCAAUGAAGUGAACAUAAGUCCAGGUCGUCGAUUCAUGAUUGAUCUUCUGGUGGGCAGCUUAAUGGCUGAUGGAGGGUUAGAAUCUGCCUUAAAUGCAGCCAUUACUGCUGAGAUCCAGGAUAUUGAAGCCAAAAAAGAAGCUCAGAAGGAAAAAGAAAUUGAUGAACAGGAAGCGAAUGCCUCGUCAUUUCAUAGAAGUAGGACUCCAUUGGAUAAAGACCUUAUUAAUACAGGGAUCUAUGAAUCUUCUGGAAAGCAGUGCUUGCCUCUGGUUCAGCUCAUACAACAGCUUCUUAGAAACAUUGCUUCUCAGACUGUGGCCAGAUUGAAAGAUGCUGCUCGCCGGAUCUCCUUGUGUCUGGACUUUGAACAGCAGCACAGUAGUGACAGAUCUGCUUCCUUGGACUUGUUACUGCGCUUUCAGCGUUUACUUAUCAGUAAACUUUAUCCAGGAGAGAGUACUGAUCAGAUCUCAGAUAUUUCUAGUCCUGAGCUAAUGGGUGUUGGUUCUUUGCUGAAAAAGUACACAGCUCUACUGUGCACACAUAUUGGAGAUAUACUGCCUGUGGCAGCUAGCAUUGCUUCUACUAGCUGGCGGCACUUUGCAGAAGUGGCCUGCAUCAUGGAAGGAGACUUCACCGGUGUUCUCCUUCCAGAACUAGUAGUGUCUGUAAUGCUUUUGCUCAGUAAAAAUGCUGGUCUCAUGCAAGAGGCUGGAGCUAUUCCUCUGUUGGGUGGCCUGUUGGAACACCUGGAUCGGUUCAACCACCUGGCACCAGGAAAAGAAAGGGAUGAUCAUGAAGAUUUAGCCUGGCCUGGCAUAAUGGAGUCUUUUUUUACAGGUCAAAACUGUAGGAAUAAUGAGGAGGUGACAUUUAUCCGCAAAGCUGAUUUGGAGAACCACAAUAAAGAUGGAGGCUUCUGGACGGUGAUUGAUGGAAAAGUGUAUGACAUCAAAGACUUUCAGACUCAGUCUUUGACAGGAAACAGCAUUCUUGCUCAGUUUGCAGGGGAAGACCCAGUGGUUGCUCUGGAAGCUGCUCUGCAGUUUGAAGACACGCAGGAAUCGAUGCAUGCGUUCUGUGUGGGCCAGUACUUGGAGCCUGACCAAGAAGUCGUUACCAUACCAGACCUGGGAAGCCUUUCUUCACCUCUUGUAGACACAGAGAGAAAUUUGGGCCUUCUUCUCGGAUUACAUGCUUCCUAUUUAGCAAUGAGCACACCGCUGUCUCCUGUUGAGGUUGAAUGCGCCAAGUGGCUCCAGUCAUCUGUCUUCUCUGGAGGCCUGCAGACAAGCCAGAUCCACUACAGCUACAACGAGGAGAAGGAUGAGGACCACUGCAGCUCUCCUGGUGGCACUCCUGCCAGUAAAUCCAGACUCUGUGCCCACAGAUGGGCCCUGGGUGACCAUUCCCAGGCCUUUUUGCAGGCCAUCGCUGACAACAACAUGCAGGACCACACUGUCAAGGACUUUCUGUGUCAAAUAGAAAGGUACUGUAAGCAGUACCACUUGACCACGCCAAUCACAUUUCCUCCUGAGCAUCCCGUGGAAGAGGUGGGCCGCUUGCUGCUGUGUUGCCUCUUAAAACAUGAAGAUUUAGGUCAUGUGGCCUUAUCUUUGGUUCACGUCGGUGCACUUGGGAUUGAGCAAGUAAAACACAGAGCACUGCCUAAGUCAGUGCUGGAUGUUUGUCGAGUUGUCUACCAAGCAAAAUGCUCCCUAAUUAAGACACACCAGGAACAGGGCCGUUCAUACAAGGAGGUCUGUGCUCCUGUCAUCGAACGCCUGAGAUUCCUUUUUAAUGAACUGAGACCUGCAGUUUGUAAUGACCUCUCUAUAAUGUCUAAGUUUAAGCUGUUAAGUUCUUUGCCCCGUUGGAGGAGGAUAGCGCAGAAGAUAAUUAGAGAACGAAGAAAAAGGAGAGUUUCUAAAAAGCCAGAAUCUACUGAUGAUGAAGAGAAAAUUGGAAAUGAAGAGAGUGAUUUAGAAGAAGCUUGCAUUUUGCCUCACAGUCCUAUAAAUGUGGACAAAAGACCCAUUACAAUUAAAUCACCCAAGGAUAAAUGGCAACCACUGCUGAGUACGGUAACAGGUGUCCACAAGUACAAGUGGCUGAAGCAGAAUGUCCAGGGUCUCUAUCCGCAGUCUGCACUGCUCAGUACAAUUGCUGAAUUUGCCCUUAAAGAAGAGCCAGUGGAUGUGGAAAAAAUGAGGAAGUGCUUGUUAAAACAGUUGGAGAGAGCAGAGGUUCGUCUGGAAGGGAUAGAUACAAUUUUAAAACUGGCAGCCAAAAAUUUCUUACUUCCAUCUGUGCAAUAUGCUGUGUUUUGUGGAUGGCAAAGACUUAUUCCUGAGGGGAUUGAUAUAGGGGAACCUCUUGCAGAUUGUUUAAAGGAUGUUGAUCUGAUUCCACCUUUUAACCGAAUGCUGCUGGAAGUUACUUUUGGCAAGCUGUAUGCUUGGGCUGUGCAGAAUAUUCGAAAUGUUUUGAUGGAUGCAAAUGCCAAAUUUAAAGAGCUUGGUAUCCAGCCUGUUCCCCUGCAAACCAUUACCAAUGAGAACCCAUCAGGACCAAGCCUGGGGACCAUCCCACAAGCUCGCUUUCUCCUGGUGAUGCUUUGCAUGCUGACCGUGCAGCAUGGAGCCAACAACCUGAACCUCCUUUUGAACUCGGGCACUCUUGCCCUCACACAGACAGCACUACGACUGAUCGGCCCUAGUUCUGACAGUGUAGAAGAAGAUACGAAUGCUUUUGCCCGAGGAGCCUCAGCCACCGUUCUGGAAGAAACGCGAAAGGAGACGACUCCCGUGCAGCUCCCCGUGUCAGGCCCUGAGCUGGCAGCUCUGAUGAAGAUCGGAACCAGGGUCAUGAGAGGUGUGGACUGGAAAUGGGGAGAUCAGGACGGACCUCCUCCUGGCCUGGGCCGUGUGAUUGGUGAGCUGGGAGAGGAUGGCUGGAUAAGGGUCCAGUGGGACACGGGCAGCACCAACUCAUACAGAAUGGGGAAGGAAGGAAAGUAUGACCUCAAGUUGGCAGAGCUGCCAGCUUCUACGCAGCCCUCGGCAGAGGAUUUGGACACCGAGGAUGAUUCCGAAGCUGAACAAAUUGAAAGGAACAUUCAUCCCACUUCAGUGAUGCUUACAAGUACUAUUAAUUUACUGCAAACUCUUUGUCUCUCUGCUGGAGUACAUGCUGAAGUCAUGCAGAGUGAGGCCACUAAGACUCUGUGUGGACUGCUCCGCAUGCUAGUGGAAAGUGGGACAACAGACAAGACAGCCCUACCAAACAGCCAGGUGUGUAGAGAGCAGCACAGGAGUUGGUGCACGCUCGGCUUUGUGCGGAGUAUCGCUCUCACACCGCAGAUGUGUGGUGCUCUCAGCUCCCCACCCUGGAUCACCCUGCUGAUGCAGAUCGUGGAAGGGCAUGCGCCUUUCACGGCUGCAUCACUGCAGAGGCAGAUCUUAGCUGUACAUUUACUGCAAGCAGUACUUCCAUCGUGGGACAAGACUGAGAGGUCAAGGGACAUGAAAUGCCUUGUGGAAAAGCUGUUUGGUUUCUUGGGCAGUUUGCUUACUACGUGUUCUUCAGAUAUCCCGUUACUCAGAGAGUCCACUCUGAGGAGGAGGAGAGCCCGCCCGCAGGCCUCCCUGACAGCCACCCACAGCAGCACUCUGGCAGAAGAGGUGGUGGUACUGCUCAGGAGCCUGCACUCGUUGAGUCAGUGGAAUGGACUUAUAAACAAGUACAUCAACUCUCAGCUCCAGUCCAUCACCUGUGGCUUGGCAGGGAAGCAGUUGGAAGGGGCCCUGCUGGAGGACUGGUUCCCUAACUCUGAGAGCCCCGAAGUGGGUGGCCUCAUGGCUGUGCUUGCUGUGAUUGGGGGGAUUGAUGGCCGCCUGCGCCUCGGCGGCCAGGUCAUGCAUGAUGAGUUUGGAGAAGGCACCGUCACCCGCAUCACCCCAAAGGGCAGAAUCACCGUGCAGUUCUCUGAGAUGCGGGCACGUCGUGUUUGUCCGCUGAGCCAGCUCAAGGCGCUCCCAGCUGUGGUGUUCAGUGUGACCAACUUGCCUUUCACGGAGCCCAUGCUCUCUGUCUGGGCUCAGCUGGUGAACCUCGCGGGAAACAAAUUAGAAAAGCACAAAAUAAAGAAAUCACCUAAACAGAUCUUUGCAGGACAAGUGGACCUGGACCUGCUACGAUGCCAGCAGCUGAAGCUGUACAUACUGAAAGCGGGCCGCGCGCUGCUCUCUCAUCAAGAUAAACUGCGGCAAAUCUUGUCCCAGCCAGCUGUUCAGGAGACGGGAACUACUCAUACAGAUGAUGGAGCAGUUGUAUCUCCUGACACCGGAGACAUGUCUCCUGAAGGCCCACAGCCCCCUAUAACCCUCUUGCAGCAGUUAUUGGCAUCAGCCACCCAGCCAUCUCCAGUAAAGGCUAUAUUUGAUAAACAGGAACUGGAGGCGGCUGCUCUGGCUGUGUGCCAGUGUUUAGCGGUGGAGUCCACGCACCCAUCAAGUCCCGUGUGUGAGGACUGCAGCUCCAGCGAGGCCACGACGCCCGUCACUGUGCAGCACGCGCGACCCAGCAGAAUGAGGAAGCGCAAGCAGUCGCCUGUCCCGGCUCUCCCCAUCAUUGUUCAGCUCAUGGAGAUGGGGUUUCCUAGAAGAAACAUCGAAUUCGCACUGAAGUCAUUCACUGGAGCUUCUGGGACUGCUUCAGGGUUGCCUGGUGUUGAGGCCUUGGUUGGGUGGCUGCUGGACCACUCUGACGUCCAGAUCACCGAUCUCUCAGAUGCAGACACAGUGUCUGAUGAGUAUUCAGAUGAGGAGAUGGUGGAGGACGUCGAGGAUGCAGCUUAUCCUGUGUCUAUUGGUGCUGUUGUAACAGAGAGCCAGACUUACAAAAAACGAGCUGAUUUCUUAAGUAAUGAUGAUUAUGCUGUGUAUGUGAGAGAAAAUAUUCAGGUGGGAAUGAUGGUUAGAUGCUGUCGAACAUAUGAAGAAGUGUGUGAAGGCGACGUGGGCAAAGUUAUCAAACUGGAUAGAGAUGGAUUACAUGAUCUCAAUGUGCAGUGUGAUUGGCAGCAGAAAGGAGGCACUUACUGGGUUAGGUAUAUUCAUGUUGAACUUAUAGGCUAUCCACCACCAAGUUCUCCUUCUCACAUCAAGAUUGGUGAUAAAGUACGGGUCAAAACUUCAGUUACUACACCCAAAUACAAAUGGGGAUCUGUAACUCAUCAAAGCGUGGGGGUUGUGAAAGCUUUCAGUGCCAAUGGAAAAGAUGUCAUUGUCGACUUUCCCCAGCAGUCCCACUGGACAGGCUUGUUAUCAGAAAUGGAGUUGGUCCCUAGUAUUCAUCCUGGAGUAACGUGUGAUGGAUGUCAAAUGUUUCCUAUCAAUGGCUCUAGAUUCAAAUGCAGAAACUGUGAUGACUUCGAUUUUUGUGAAACGUGUUUCAAGACCAAAAAACACAACAUCAGGCAUACAUUUGGCAGAAUAAAUGAACCAGGACAGUCUGCAGUAUUUUGUGGCCGUUCUGGAAAACAGCUGAAGCGGUGUCACAGCAGUCAGCCAGGAACGCUGCUAGACAGCUGGUCCCGCAUGGUGAAGAGCCUGAGUGUGUCAUCCUCCGUGAACCAGGCUGCUCGUCUAAUAGAUGGCAGUGAGCCCUGCUGGCAGUCGUCGGGGUCACAAGGAAAGCAUUGGAUUCGUUUGGAGAUUUUCCCAGAUGUUCUUGUCCAUAGAUUAAAAAUGAUAGUAGAUCCUGCUGACAGUAGCUACAUGCCUUCCCUGGUUGUAGUGUCAGGUGGAAAUUCCCUAAAUAAUCUAAUUGAACUGAAGACAAUCAAUAUUAACCCUACUGACACCACCGUGUCCCUUCUGAGUGACUGCACAGAAUAUCACAGGUAUAUUGAAAUUGCUAUCAAGCAGUGCAGGAGCUCAGGAAUAGAUUGUAAAAUCCAUGGUCUUAUCAUACUGGGAAGGAUUCGUGCAGAGGAGGAAGACUUGGCUGCAGUUCCUUUCUUAGCUUCAGACAACGAGGAGGAAGAAGAUGAUAAAGGCAGCAGUGGGAGCCUUAUGAGAAAGAAGACUUCAGGGCUAGAGUCGGUGGCUACGAUAAGAACCAAAGUGUUUGUGUGGGGGCUGAACGACAAGGACCAGCUGGGUGGACUGAAAGGCUCUAAGAUAAAGGUUCCUUCAUUCUCUGAGACCCUGUCUGCUUUGAAUGUAGUACAGGUGGCUGGAGGUUCUAAAAGCUUGUUUGCAGUGACUGUGGAAGGGAAGGUCUAUGCCUGUGGAGAAGCCACCAACGGGCGGCUAGGGCUGGGCCUCUCCAGUGGGACUGUACCCAUCCCACGGCAGAUCACGGCCCUCAGCAGCUAUGUGGUGAAGAAGGUGGCUGUGCACUCAGGUGGUCGACACGCUAUGGCUUUAACUGUCGAUGGCAAAGUGUUUUCAUGGGGCGAAGGUGACGAUGGAAAACUCGGACACUUCAGCAGAAUGAACUGUGACAAGCCAAGGCUGAUUGAAGCCCUGAAAACGAAGCGCAUCCGGGACAUCGCCUGUGGGAGCUCUCACAGCGCAGCCAUCACGUCCAGUGGGGAGCUGUACACCUGGGGCCUCGGAGAGUAUGGUCGGUUGGGACAUGGGGAUAACACCACACAGCUGAAGCCCAAAAUGGUGAAAGUCCUUCUUGGUCACAGAGUAAUCCAGGUUGCGUGUGGGAGUAGAGAUGCACAGACUCUGGCUUUGACCGACGAAGGUUUGGUAUUUUCCUGGGGUGAUGGUGACUUUGGAAAAUUGGGCCGGGGAGGAAGUGAAGGCUGUAACAUUCCGCAGAACAUUGAACGACUGAAUGGACAGGGAGUGUGCCAGAUUGAAUGUGGUGCUCAGUUUUCCUUGGCUCUUACAAAGUCCGGAGUGGUGUGGACCUGGGGUAAGGGGGAUUACUUCAGGCUGGGUCACGGCUCUGACGUCCAUGUGCGGAAGCCACAGGUGGUAGAAGGCCUGAGGGGGAAGAAGAUCGUGCACGUGGCCGUUGGUGCUCUGCAUUGCCUGGCUGUCACGGAUGCGGGCCAGGUAUACGCUUGGGGUGACAAUGACCAUGGACAGCAGGGCAAUGGCACGACCACAGUCAAUAGAAAGCCCACACUUGUACAAGGACUGGAAGGGCAGAAAAUCACGCGUGUGGCCUGUGGGUCAUCCCACAGCGUGGCGUGGACAACUGUUGAUGUAGCAACGCCCUCUGUCCAUGAGCCAGUUCUCUUCCAAACUGCAAGAGACUCUUUAGGUGCUUCUUAUUUAGGCGUGCCUUCAGAUGCUGAUUCUCCUGCUGCCAGUAAUAAAAUCAGCGGUGCAAAUAAUUGUAAGCCAAACCGUCCUUCUCUUGCCAAGAUUCUGUUGUCAUUGGAUGGAAAUCUGGCCAAACAGCAGGCCUUAUCUCAUAUACUUACAGCACUGCAAAUCAUGUAUGCCAGAGAUGCAGUGGUUGGAGCCCUGAUGCCAGCUGGCAUGAUGGCACCAGUGGAGUGUCCCUCCUUCUCCUCCCCAGCACCCACUUCCGACGUGCCUGCCAUGGCCAGUCUCAUGAGUGGAGAAGAAUGUGUGCUGGCUGUCGAUAUUGAAGACAGAUUGAGUCCAAGUCCAUGGCAAGAAAAGAGAGGAGAGAUCAUUGCCUCUGAGGAUGCUGUGACUCCCUCUGCAGUGACCCCAUCUGCUGCUUCAGCUUCUUCUAGGCCAUUCAUUCCUGUGACCGAUGAUCCAGGAGCUGCCAGCAUCAUUGCAGAAACCAUGACCAAAACCAAAGAAGAUGUUGAAAGCCAAAAUAAAGCAUCAGGUCCAGAACCUCAGUACCUGGAUGAAUUCACCAGUCUGUUAGUAGCAGAUGACACCCGGGUCCUGGUGGACCUGCUCAAGCUGUCUGUCUGUAGCCGGGCUGGGGACAGGGGCAAGGAUGUGCUCUCAGCUGUUCUGUCUGGCAUGGGCACUGCAUACCCCCAGGUGGCCGACAUGUUGUUGGAGCUCUGUGUAACUGAGUUGGAGGAUGUGGCGACAGACUCGCAGAGUGGCCGCCUUUCCUCGCAGCCAGUGGUGGUGGAGAGCAGCCAUCCCUACACCGAUGACACAUCAACCAGUGGCACAGUGAAAAUACCAGGUGCAGAAGGACUCAGGGUGGAGUUUGACCGACAGUGCUCCACAGAACGGCGCCACGACCCGCUCACCAUCAUGGAUGGUGUCAACAGGAUCGUCUCGGUGCGAUCAGGCCGUGAGUGGUCUGACUGGUCCAGUGAGCUGCGCAUCCCUGGGGAUGAGUUGAAGUGGAAGUUCAUCAGCGACGGGUCCGUGAAUGGAUGGGGCUGGCGCUUCACUGUCUACCCCAUCAUGCCUGCUGCAGGCCCAAAAGACCUCCUUUCCGACCGUUGCAUCCUCUCCUGUCCAUCCAUGGACCUGGUGACGUGUCUGCUUGACUUCCGGCUCAGCCUUGCCUCUCACAGGAGCAUUGUCCCUCGCCUGGCGGCCUCCCUCGCUGCGUGCGCACAGCUGAGUGCCUUAGCUGCCAGUCAUAGGAUGUGGGCCCUUCAAAGACUGAGGAAGCUGCUCACCACCGAAUUUGGGCAGUCCAUUAACAUAAACAGGCUACUUGGUGAUCAUGACGGAGAAACAAGAGCUUUGAGUUUUACAGGCAGUGCACUGGCUGCUUUGGUGAAAGGCCUUCCGGAAGCAUUGCAGAGGCAGUUUGAAUAUGAAGAUCCUAUUGUGAGAGGUGGCAAACAGUUGCUCCACAGCCCAUUCUUUAAGGUACUAGUAGCUCUUGCUUGCGAUCUGGAACUAGACACUCUCCCUUGCUGUGCUGAGACACACAAGUGGGCUUGGUUCAGAAGGUACUGCAUGGCCUCCCGAGUCGCUGUGGCCCUGGAUAAAAGAACACCAUUGCCACGCCUGUUUCUGGAGGAGGUGGCUAAGAAAAUUCGUGAAUUAAUGGCAGACAGCGAAAACCUGGAUGUUCUCCAUGAAAGCCAUGACAUUUUUAAAAGAGAGCAAGAUGAACAACUUGUGCAGUGGAUGAACAGGCGACCAGAUGACUGGACUCUAUCUGCUGGUGGCAGUGGCACCAUUUAUGGAUGGGGCCAUAACCACAGGGGACAGCUUGGGGGCAUUGAGGGCGCCAAAGUUAAAGUCCCGACUCCAUGUGAAGCCCUUGCAGCUCUCAGACCAGUGCAGCUCAUUGGAGGGGAACAGACUCUCUUCGCUGUGACAGCUGAUGGCAAGCUGUAUGCCACUGGUUACGGUGCAGGGGGCAGACUAGGAAUUGGAGGAACGGAGUCUGUAUCUACCCCAACAUUGCUUGAAUCCAUUCAGCAUGUGUUUAUUAAGAAAGUAGCUGUGAACUCAGGAGGAAAACACUGUCUUGCCCUCUCUUCAGAAGGAGAAGUUUACUCUUGGGGUGAGGCAGAAGAUGGGAAGUUGGGGCAUGGCAACAGAAGUCCAUGUGACCGCCCUCGUGUGAUUGAGUCUCUGAGAGGAAUUGAAGUGGUCGAUGUUGCUGCAGGCGGAGCCCACAGCGCAUGCGUCACGGUGGCUGGGGACCUCUACACAUGGGGCAAAGGCCGAUACGGCCGCUUGGGGCACAGUGACAGUGAAGACCAGCUGAAGCCAAAGCUGGUGGAGGCCCUGCAGGGCCACCGCGUGCUUGACAUUGCCUGUGGCAGCGGCGAUGCCCAGACCCUCUGCCUCACUGAUGAUGACUGUGUCUGGUCCUGGGGGGACGGGGACUAUGGCAAGCUCGGCCGAGGAGGCAGCGAUGGCUGUAAAGUGCCAAUGAAGAUCGACUCUCUCACAGGCCUUGGUGUGGUCAAAGUGGAAUGUGGCUCCCAGUUCUCUGUCGCACUCACCAAGUCGGGAGCGGUUUACACUUGGGGCAAAGGGGACUACCACAGGUUGGGCCAUGGAUCCGACGACCAUGUUAGAAGACCUCGGCAGGUCCAAGGGCUGCAGGGAAAAAGAGUCAUCGCCAUUGCCACCGGCUCCCUGCACUGCGUGUGCUGCACAGAGGACGGAGAAGUUUAUACGUGGGGUGACAAUGACGAGGGACAGCUGGGCGAUGGGACCACAAAUGCUAUCCAGAGGCCGAGGUUGGUAGCUGCUCUUCAGGGUAAGAAGGUCAACCGCGUGGCUUGUGGCUCAGCACACACCCUUGCCUGGUCGACCAGCAAGCCCACCAGCACUGGGAAGCUGCCUGCACAGGUCCCCAUGGAGUACAAUCACUUGCAGGAAAUCCCAGUAAUAGCACUGCGGAACCGGUUGCUGCUGCUGCACCACAUCUCGGAGCUCUUCUGUCCCUGCAUCCCGAUGUUCGACCUUGAUGGGUGUCUUCAUGAAACUGGGCUUGGACCUUCAGUUGGGUUUGAUACACUACGAGGAAUUCUGAUAUCCCAAGGAAAGGAGGCAGCUUUCCGAAAAGUCGUGCAAGCAACCAUGGUGCGAGACCGUCAGCACGGCCCUGUGGUAGAGCUGAAUCGAAUCCAGGUCAAACGCUCAAGAAGUAAAGGUGGGCUAGCAGGCCCUGAUGGCACAAAGUCCGUCUUUGGGCAGAUGUGUGCUAAAAUGAGCGCGUUUAGUCCAGACAGCCUCCUCCUUCCACACCGAGUCUGGAAAGUCAAGUUUGUGGGUGAGUCUGUGGAUGACUGUGGUGGUGGCUACAGUGAGUCCAUCGCCGAGAUCUGCGAGGAGCUUCAGAACGGACUCACUCCUCUUCUGAUUGUGACGCCCAAUGGCAGAGACGAGUCUGGGGCCAACCGGGACUGCUACUUGCUCAGCCCUGCCGCCCGGGCCCCCGUGCACACAAGCAUGUUCCGCUUCCUGGGUGUGUUAGUGGGCAUUGCCAUCCGCACUGGGAGUCCGCUCAGCCUCAGCCUCGCAGAGCCCGUCUGGAAGCAGCUGGCCGGGAUGAGCCUCACCAUCGCAGACCUCAGUGAGGUGGACAAAGAUUUCAUCCCUGGGCUCAUGUACAUCCGUGACAAUGAGGCUACCUCAGAGGAGUUUGAGGCCAUGAGCCUGCCCUUCACGGUGCCCAGUGCCAGCGGCCAGGACAUCCAGCUGAGCUCGAAGCACACCCACAUCACGCUGGACAACCGGGCCGAGUAUGUCCGCCUGGCCAUAAACUACAGACUCCAUGAGUUUGAUGAGCAAGUGGCUGCCGUUCGGGAAGGAAUGGCCCGUGUGGUGCCCGUGCCCCUGCUCUCCCUGUUCACUGGAUACGAACUAGAGACGAUGGUCUGUGGCAGCCCCGAUAUCCCUCUGCAUCUUUUGAAGUCGGUGGCAACGUAUAAAGGGAUUGAGCCCUCUGCACCUCUGAUCCAGUGGUUCUGGGAGGUGAUGGAGUCCUUCUCCAACACGGAGCGCUCCCUCUUCCUUCGGUUUGUGUGGGGCCGGACCAGGCUCCCCAGGACCAUCGCCGACUUCCGGGGCAGAGACUUUGUCAUCCAGGUGUUGGACAAAUACAACCCUCCCGACCACUUUCUUCCUGAAUCGUACACGUGUUUCUUUUUGUUGAAGUUGCCCAAGUAUUCCUGUAAACAGGUGCUGGAGGAGAAGCUGAAAUACGCCAUCCACUUUUGUAAAUCAAUCGACACAGAUGAUUAUGCUCGCAUAGCCCUCACAGGAGAGCCGGCUGCCAACGACAGCAGCGACGACUCGGAUAAUGAAGAUGUAGAUUCUUUCGCCUCCGACUCUACGCAGGAUUAUCUAACAGGACACUAGGAUAAAGAAAUACAUCAUGAGGUGGAUGGCAAGAGACUGUGAGCAAGGAGCCGAGCACUGCAUGGCUCUGACCUCAGAGUGGCUGGUUUGUGUGAAGGGAAAUAUUAGUCUCUACAUGUGGGGGAGGGAAGGCAGGGAGACUGGGAUUGUCCAUGAGCAUGGAAAUGAGCUGCAGACACUUAAUAUUUAUGUUUGAGACUUAAAAUGGUCGUCUUGCCCCUAAUGCUGCAUUACAUGUAGGACUUCUGUGUUUACUGAAGUGUGUAAAUGUUGAUACAAAGACUGGAUUGCAAUGUUCCAAAAAUAAAUAAAGCCUUUUUACUUGUGGGUGCAAUAGAUUUUUUUCUCUUUUCUUCCUUUCAAGUUUGUGCAUCGUCUUGUGUAUUGGAUAUACUGUGUAACAAACCGUAUUAUAAAUAUUUCAACUAAUUUUACUCUGAAUUUGUUUAUUAAAAGCUUUUUGAACAGUAAAUUAUCAGUCUUACUUGAAAUAAAUCCAGAGGUUAUUUAAACCAAGGAAAAAAGAAAACCAUUAGAUUCUCCCUCUCCUUGCUGGUGUGCAUUUUAGCAUAUGCAUUAUGUGAUUUGAAUGACGCCUGUGAGCAGCACCGUAAUUUUUGUCAUGGAAGAUAUAGUAUAUGUAAUGUUUGGGUCAUGUACAUGCAUAAAUUUUUAAUUCCCUAUAAAUAAAACAUCUGCCACAAAAUCGUUGGCUGAGCUUUCUUCUCGGGCUAGACUAGCACUGAUGAAUGUGCUACAACCACCACGCAGUAGAUUAGUCUU